GCAAGGACUCUCAUUGCACUACCUGCGUGAGCAGUAUUGGAUACGCUACAUCGUGAGAAGGAGAGGUGGUUUAAUCGCAUUGUUUUUGCGAACAGUAUCACACUUGAAUCAACACGUCCGAUCAUACGCAUCUGGAUCAAUCGCAGCCAUGUCCGACGUGACCAAGACUCCCUUCGUUAGGGAUCUCGCUUCGAGCGACAAAAAACUCCGCGACAAAGCCACCGACUCCCUUACCCUUUUCCUCCGAUCCAAAACCGACCUCACUCUCAUCGAACUCCUCAAACUCUGGAAGGGCCUUUUCUUCUGCUUCUACCACUCCGACCGCCCCCUAACCCAACAAGCCCUCGCCCGCACCCUCAGCUACUCCCUCGUCCCGACCCUCCCCCGCUCCACGCUCCACCGCUUCCUCCGCGCCUUCUGGAUCACCAUCGGCCGGGAUUUCCACUCCCUCGACCGUCUCCGUCUCGAUAAAUACCUCCACUUGAUUCGUUGCUACGUGGGGGUUGCAUUCGAGGUUCUCCUCAAGCCCACCACCGCCACCACUGCCUCCACCAACGGCAAGCGCAAGAGAGAGGAAACCUCAUCAUCAACAUCAUCGUCAAAGAAGCGCAACAACAAGAAGAACAAGAAGCAACCUCGCCAGGAAGAAGAGGAGGAGACAGCGCAAGACGAAAGCACUGCCAACGGGGCAGAGAAAUGGGCGGCAUUGGAAUCUUACAUCACAAUCUUGGAGGAAGGGCCGCUGUGUCCGGUGAAUUUCGACCCCGAUCAGCCGCCCGCGAAUGAGAAGGAGGAUUAUAUCCCCAUGCCGCAUGGGCCGGAUGGAUUGCGGUACCAUGUGAUGGAUGUGUGGGUGGAUGAGUUGGAGAAGGUGUUGGAGUUUGAGGGGGAGGAAGGGGCGAGGAAGCCGAAGGGAGAGGUGCCGAUUGAGCUUCUGUUGAGGCCGAUUGAGAAGUUGAAGGCGGAGAGUCCGUACAAGCCUGUGCGCACUCGGGCCGCGGAGACUCUGGAUGAUGACCGGUUGGUUGAGUGGGGCUUCAAGACGAGGAAGGUGGAGGAGAGCGAGGAGGAAGAGAGUGAUGAGGAGUGGGGUGGUUUCGAUUGAGCUGUGUAUAAUAUUUGUUAUUGACAAAAAGUGUAUAGAUUGCGAGUUCGACUGCAGGGUGCUGUAUUGCGGGGCUGGAGAACGCCGGCUAUAUAUGAACGAUAUAUAGUAUUUGUAAGACUCUAUGGCUGUCCGCUAUGCUUGUGGACUGCGGUCUACCCACACAUC